AUGGUUCUGAUUGCCAUUUGUCGUUGUGUGGACUCCAGAAAUAAACGAAAACGGCAGAAAGAGCAAGAAAAACGUCAACGGCAACAAAUUCACCAGCUUCUUUCGGACACAGUUGUCGCUCUUCACGAUUACGAAGCGAAAGAAGACGACGAAUUGACCAUCAAAGAGGGUCAGGUCAUCUUCGUGCUUCAAAGAGACCCAAGUGGCUGGUGGAGAGGAAUUUUCAUGAUCGGAGCGCGUGGCUGUGGGCUCAUCUCGCUCGUCAAUCUCUGGAUCUCAGUUUCAGCCCAACUCGGAUACACGUACAAUGGGUAUGAUCUGGACAGUGGUGCGCGGGGCACCGGUGGCUUUGGCGGUUCGUUCGCGCCUGUCACCACCGCCGCGCCCGCUUCAACCUGGGACGAGGUCGUCUGGCGCGUCACCGACUCCUGGGAAGAAGUCGACGAUGUCUCUGGCGAGACGAUGACGGGCUUCAAGGCCCUAGUGACCAUUCCUGUAAUUGAAACGACAAAUGGCCAGUGGCAACUUGUCCUGCACUUUUCCAAGCCGGUCGCUGACUUGACAAUGUGGACGGUGAUCAUUGUCGACUGGAGCCAGAAUUUAACCGACUACGCGAUCAUCAACCAGGAGCACAAUGGAUUCCUACAAGAAGGCCAACUCCUCCAGUUCGAUUUGAUGGGAGCGACGAUCGGAGAACCGCCAUUUGCUAACGUUGAAGUUCCUCAAUGGCAAAUGAGCUUUAUGAACACUGACGGAUACGGGGGCAUCGGCGGACCGGGACAAGUGACUCACAAUAUGCGACAGAUCCUCGAUCUCUGCGUCAAGUUUUUCGUUGCGCAAAGAAGUGGCAAGCUUCCGCCAGAUCAGCUUGAUGUUGAGUGGCGCGGAGAUUCAGCUCUAGGAGACGGAGGAGAUGCGUAUCUAGAUCUUGUGGGAGGAUAUUACACUGGAGGUGAUCAUGUUAAAUGGGGCUUCCCGAUGGCUUUUGCGACGACGAUGAUUGCUUGGUCUGGCAUCGAAUUUGGCAACGCGUACGCUGAGAUGGGAAUGAAACUCGAUCUCUUCAAGCAAGUCAAAUGGGCUACCGACUAUUUCAUCAAAGCGCACCCUGAGAAAUACGUAUUCUACGCCCAAGUUGGUCUCUCCGAACUCGACCACGCCGAAUGGGUGCGCUCAGAGUACAUGACCAUGGAUCGUCCAGCCCUCGCGAUUGAAGAAGAAACUCCUGGAUCAGACGUUGCCGCAGAAACAGCCGCAGCUUUGGCCGCAGCCGCAGUCUUGUUUAAAGACGAUACUGACUACUCGAAUCUAUGUCUUUCCCAUGCGAUGGACUUGUUCGAAUUUGCUGAGCUUUACCGUGGCGAAUAUGAUGAAAACGAGGCUUUUGCUUCUGCGCGACAAUUUCAUCCAUCGUCGGAGUUUGGUGAUGAGCUUGCUUGGGCUGCUCUUUGGCUAUAUUAUGCGACAGGCAAUAACCAGUACCUCACCAGAGCCGAAGACUACAUCGCAGAAUUCGGCCUGGAUUUGUCCGCACCAUCAGAAUUUUCCACUGAUGAUAAAACCAUUGCCGUGAUGGUUUACCACGCUUUGCUGACUUCUGAUACAAGCGCUCCUGGAGUACAAAUGAUCAUCGACUUCUGCACUAACUACCAGACCCAAUACAAUGCCGACGGUUUUCUCCGAAUGACCGACUGGCACAACUUUGGCGCAACUUCUGGUGUCGCCUAUAUCUGCCUCUACGCUGCCAAUCACGUCGUGUCGGGCCAGACUGAAACUGACUUCGUCAACUUUGCUAAACAACUCGUUAUCGACGUCCUUGGCGCUGGUGAGCGGAGCUACAUGGUCGGCUACGGGCACAACCCACCGACGAGACCGCAUCACAGAGACUCGGCGUGUCCUAUUGGGAAAGAUUGUGGUUGGGGCAUGUUUGAGGACAAAUACACCCCAAAUGAAUUCACACUCGAAGGAGCUAUUAUGGGCGGCCCAGAUGCUACUUCUGGCUUUUGGGAGGACAACCGAAAGGAUUACACGCGCAAUGAACCCUCCCUCGUUGCCAAUGCUCUUUUCCAAGCGACUGUUGCCGGAAUUCGGGAACGAGAACUCUACGACGAGUACCCAAGCGGAAUCUCUCUUCCCACGGAGGAUUUCUCUGAAUUUUUCUCUUCCUGGCCGUUUCCACCCGGAACAAAUGUCGUCGACUACUGCAACGAUAAGACUUGCGCUAACGAUGGAAUCUGCAUUUCCGACUACACCAAUUACACCUUUACAUGCGACUGCCAAGACGGCUAUUUUGGUACUCGAUGUGAUACAAUCACGGAGCCAGUUGUCGACUUUAUCCGACAGUGGGGGCAUGGAGGCGAGAUCAAACUCAACCUUCCAAGCGAACGACCUCUUGGAGCCUGGCAAGUCCUUCUCGAAUUCCCUCCUGGCUGUCAGCUCCAAUCUCUAGACAUCUGGCACGGUUGUAUGGACCCCUACGCUUCUAGCUUGUCGAACAGUACUUUUUAUGUCUACCAAGUUGGAUGGCACCAUGAUCAUCAAAACAUUGGAAUUGUCUUUGAAGCUGAUCAGAGCUUUGAUCAGAAUAAUUACUGGGGCGGCUCGGCUGCUUGCUUCGAUGAAACUGCCUACUCACUCACCCUUGUCGCUCGAGGCAGCCACGCUUCGGAUAACAUCGAUGGAAUGACUCUCCAGUGGUCAACUGAUCCAGACAAGUGCCCUGGCGAGCUUCCGUGGACUCCUCCUAGCACAGAUCCAGCUUAUCCAGAGAACAUUAUUCUCGGCGGCGAUGAAGUCAUCGAUCAAGCUUUCCUCGAUCUGAUGGUCAAUAAUUACGAUGGACCGGGUCAUACUUCCGGCGAUCUCGAGGUCGAAUGGGUCUCUGUCGGUGAAGAAGUCGGUUGGAUGCGAAUCUGGCUUCCGGACGCCAUGCCACCAGCGGAGAACCCGUGGCAAUUGCAGAUCGCCUUCCCUGAAGGAUGCAAUGUUCAAACAGUUCUCACUUAUCAAGCUUGCAUCAACACUGUCAACUCCGAUCUCAACAAUGACGGAAACGCCACAGCUGUUUAUGGCGACAAUGUCGCCAAUCUCCUUCUCUACCAGAACGGAACCGACUUGGGAACGGAAUUCAUCGGCUUGCGAAUCAAAUUUCCUCAGGCUGAUCAAAUGAGCUGCCUGGACGCCAAUGCUUACAUUUUCUCACUUUACGAAUGGAACGAUCCCAUUGAUGCUUCCGCACUUCUCGAUACCUGUGAAAUUAUGUACCCAGAUCGAGACACGCAGCUUGCUCUGCUUGGCGAUUCCGGAGCCGUUUACGUUCCUGAAUCGACAACACCAUCGAUGGAAUUUCUUUCCGGUCCUCUCUCCUGGACUCAAGGCGCGAAUGGCCACUUUUUCCUUCCGAAUCCAAAGCCGCUUGCUCCGUUUGGUCUCCAAGUUCAAGUUCCAGCCGGCUGCAACAUCCAGCGUAUCAACUUUUGGCACGCUUGUGUCGUCCUCGCCAACUCCAAUAUCAACAGUGGUUACUUUGAGCUCGAGCAGAUAGGCUGGCAGGAAGAACAUGGAUACAUUGGCUUCUCAGUUGAUUUCCAGCCUUCUCAAUAUUCAAGCGACAUUCCAGCGAGUUGCAAAGACGCGAGUCUCUACACAUUGACUCUUGAUGAUCGAUCUCUUGACCCUCAAGUUGGAAUUUCGUGGAAUGGAUACUACAAUGAUUACGCUGAUAAUUGCCCUCAAGCCCUUGGUGAAGCUCUUCCAUAUUCGUCUUACGAAGUCCAGCUUCGAGAUGGUGCAGCUCUCACGACAAGCUUGUCCGGCCAAAUGACUUCUCGGCUCGGUACUGAUCCUUUCGCUGGAGGAGCUGGCGCAGCGACAACGAAUCCCGGCGAACGACCAAUUUACUACUCUGACCGCGUUUCGGACGGACAACUCACGCAAUAUCAGCAAGCUUCCAUCGCUACUUGGGCCAAACGAUACGACGCUGAAGCAAAGGAAGAAAAAAUGCGUGAAGCAGAAAGACAAGCUGCCAAACUUGCCUUCCAAAUUGAAAAUGGCCUUGUUGACGCGCGACAACAGCAGAAUACGAUGCAGAAUAGAAAUAUGUUCGGCUUCAACGCUGCCGGCGGAGGAGGAUUGACAAGCACGGGAAUGGCCAGCUCAUCCUUGCCCUCAUCCUCGAUCCCGGUUAAGUUUGAAACAAGAAACAUGGAUGCUACAUCGGCUGAAUUGUUCUGGCAACAUCCAGCCGGCAAACGAGAGCGAUACAAGAUUGAAUACAAGGGAGGGAUUUUUAUCCUCUAUUCUUAA